CUGCUAUACUUAUGCUUUCGUUGAGCCAUUUUCUUCGCACUUUCUGUUCUUUCAGAAUUCGGAGAUUGAAAAUAUUCUCAGAUUUGGUUUUGAUUCUGGUGGCGGACAUUGAUAUUGCACGGGUGUCUCGAAUCUGGACGAUUGGGAGUUCCACACGAGGUUGUUCGAAGAUUUGAAGGUUGAAGAAGCGAAUCUAAUCUGUCGGCGAUUAGGAACGAAAAAUAGUCUUACUGUAAGAACUGACAGGUAUUGUUAGCACCGACGCGUCAUUGCAUUUGUGUAAUUCCGAGAUUUACGAGUCUCUGCCGAGUUCUAAAUUCGAAAUCGAUCAGAUUUUGUUACAACCUAGGUUAUCGAUUUUACACGAGAAGAUGAUGCGAAUGAGGACAGGUAGGAAUAAUGGCGGUGUUGUCGUCGGCGGCGAGAAUGAGUGGGAGCUUCGGCCGGGCGGAAUGCUUGUCCAAAACAGACACCAAAGCCACGCGCCGCCGCCGCCGCCGACUAUUCGCCUGCGCGUGAAGUACGGCUCCACCUACCACGAAGUGAACAUCAGCUCCCGAGCUACAUUUGGGGAAUUGAAGAAAAUGUUGUCGGGGCGAACAGGAUUGCACCACGAGGAUCAGAAGGUUUAUUACAAGGACAAGGAGAGGGAAUCUAUGGCGUAUCUGGACAUAGCAGGGGUGAAGAACAAUUCCAAAAUCGUCCUUCAAGAGGAUCCAAUAUGCAAAGAAAAGCGCUAUUUACAGAUGAAGAAAAACGCUAAAAUGGAGAAGGCUGCAAAGUGCAUAUCACGAAUCAGCCUGGAAGUCGACAUCAUUGCUGCACAGGUGUCUGCUCUCGAGUCGACAUUUUCGAAAGGGGGGCAAGUGUCUGAAAAGGACGUGGUGAAUCUGAUCGAACUUUUGAUGAAUCAGUUGCUUAAAUUGGACGAGAUCGUUGUCGAUGGCGAUGUCAAACUGCAGAGGAAAAUGCAGGUGAAAAGAGCGCAGAGCUAUGUUGAGACUCUUGAGAUGCUUAAGGUAAGAAACUCGGGCAAGCGCCAUGUCCUGACGCCGGAAAAUGGUAAGAAUUUAGUCGAGCACGAACCAUAUGAACAGCGACAAGAAAUUCGGAGUUAUUAUUUGCCGGAGCAAUGUCAGCAGGCCUCGGCCCCUGGCCGCGGCCCUGUUGUAAUAACAAUGCAGUGGGAGAUGUUCGAUACCAUGCCGGCCCCGGCACUAUCGCCGGCCGCUGUCACAACCCCUUGGAGGCCUACUCACACAUGAAAUCAUUUUCCUCUGCUUUUAUUCUUUUUAUUUUUAAUUUCAUCUUUUUGUUCUUACUAUAUUAAUGUAUAGCUUAGCGUCAUUUUUAAUAAAAACAAUGUAUUAAAUAUACAUACAAAAAUAUCAUAUUUUCAAACAUUCCUUCAUUGUUAUUUUUAAUAAUAUCCACUAGUAUU